GUCGCUCUUGCGUAGCAGCUACGCACACCCGACGUCCUCGAGCACGUUUCCGCAAUGAAUCCUGGGAGGAACUGGGAGGAACUGCGUAUUUGGCGGAAUGUUUGAACAAUUUAUACAAAUCCAGGCUCACGAUGGCAGCGAAAAGCACAAGUAAUAUAAUACCAACUCGGUGAUAUAUUAACUAAAGACAACAUGGAGGGCAGAGGCAGUCAGGAACACCGCGAGCGAAAUGAAAUCGCCAAACUGACGCAGAUGAAGUCGAAAGUAAACAGACUGAGACGCAGCCCUAAAGCAGCGACACUGAACCCCGAGCAGAUGCGCGACACGGCAGAGUUCAAAACCCCUACACGUCCAGCGAGAGGCCAGUUCAGGAGACUGAUCCCUGACGACUCGCCCAGCAAUGAUCCGGAUUUUCAUCAAGAUAUUAUAUGGGACACGACAUCUCCGUCACCCGUUCGUCAUGGUCGUGGACAGAGGAGAGCUGCAAAUGUCAGAGCGGUGGAUAUAUCGGACAUCGCCAAUCGGAUCGCACCAAAGAAUGGAAGACUAGAAGAAGCGGAUUCGUCUUUGCUGCAGUGGAUUGGGGACAGUGCCAUUCCCUGCACACCAGAAGUACAGCAACCCAAAGCCAAGCCCACACAGAGCACUGUGGAAGCUCUAAUGCGGCUGGCGAAGCAGUUUGACUUCAACAUGAGGCAAGAUGAAGCUCGAGAACAGAGCUCGGAUGCAUCGGGUUCAAAACGUUCUGAGGAACAAGAGCCGCCGCAUGGCGAGCGAUUCAGUGGCUCUGCUCUAAAACCCAGUGAGAAACUUGUCGAUGAAAGGGGACUUGAUCAGGAGAUGGACGAUGAUCUUGAUUUCCUUUUCGAUGGGCGUCAGGCGUCAGAUUGUCGUACUCAGGAAGUUCCUGAGAGAAAUCUCGGCAUUGAGAAAGCCAGCGCUUCACAUAAAGGUUCUGCAUCCACUACGUCAGAAAACCAUGGCAGUACACAAGUUAACAAGGCCGAUGAUUUUGAUGAUGACUGGAACAGUGACGGUUUACUCGAUGACUCGUUGCUGUUGGAGAUGACGCAAAACCCAGAUCUGUUUGCUGCACCGAAGUACAGUUCGACACAAAUACAAACUCAUGAGAAUCGAAAUGCUUUCAGUGCAAUGGCAAACCAAAAACAAGAAGCUAAAACUGAUGUUAAAUGUGGCACAUUUCAAGGGCAACAGACAAAAAGUGAGCAAAGUUUUCAGCAGGGCUCUCUAAUACAGGCCAAGCCAAGAAUCGGAAAUCGUUUGGAAAGUAAUUGCACAAAUCAGGUUUUUCCCACGAGUAAAGCGUUGCCAGUUCCUCUAAGUUGCUUCAGUGGCAAACAGAAUCAGCGCAAGACACAAGUAGCACAGCUUCAGGUUAUUCAAAAUUCAUCCGAGCUCAACGCUGGUUCCUCAACGCAACAUUUCCAGCCAAGGACCAAAGAGACGCUGCCAUCCACCGGCCCCAGUACUAUAAAACCUCCUCAUUCAAAUCCUCCCAGCAUGCACCAGAAUCCAAACUCUGGAGGCAUUAAACAAGGAGAGGAUGCCGUUACAGCCAGAGAUGGCUUUGGUGAUGUUUUAGAUGAAGACCUGGACUCUUUUUUUGCGUCUGAUGACAUCUGGGAUGACGGAGUGGAGGACGAUGAUCUGUUUUGUGAGGCGUGUGAUAAUCUUGAGGAGUUAUCUGGCAACGCCACAAACAAGCAGCAAAACACCACCGAUACAUGUGGUGAGUGUGAUAAUCUAGAGGAGUUUUCUGCCACAAAAAAGCAGGAUGAUAAUGUUUAAGUGUUAAGUGAAAAGAUGUAAGUGUCUCUGUACGGCCAGAAAGCUCAUGCGGUGAACUCCGGGCCUGCAGGACUCUGCUCUAAUGUGUCAUGUGAUGCAACGAGACCAUCUGGCCCCUCAAGUAAUGGACCGUAUAAAUUCAAACAGGUGAGAAGCUCCUCUGUGGUGGGACGUGGGACCUGUGCUGUUCCCCCCACACAGCAGGGGCACGAGAGGGGCGUGCUGGCUGUCCUCCAAUCAGAUGUGAGAACAGCAGAAGGUCAUCAGUUCAAAAAGCCGUACAGUGACCCGUUAAGGUCCACUGCGUGUUUUUCUGUAGAUGUGUGUAACUCUGGAGCCGUGAGGUGCAGUGAUGCUGAGAUCGAGAGGAAGAAGCAGCAGGCUGUGGAGAGGCGGAGACUCCGGAUGCUGGCCAAUCAGAACCUCAGAGCUCCUGUCUGAUUCACUGUUGCUAUGGAGAUGCAGAACAAAAACAGGUAUACGUGUAUAUAAAGAGUUACAGUGUGUCUACACCACAGCAAUAACUAUUCCCAUUAUCUUUGUGGGUUUAUGGGUUAUAAUGGGAGUGAUCUAGUUUUCUGCAUCAUGCCGCUUGUUUGUGGACCAAAACUCUUUAGGAACAAUGUAGGGUCAUUCGUAUCUGUACAACAUUUGACUGCUCAAAAAACAGAUGUUAAUCUGAGGUCACAUGCUUAGUAUUAUGCCUGUUUGGGCAUCAGAUAGCAGAUCCUAGAUCAACACUUCUCAUUUGUCAUUACAAAAAUAUCAGGAGUAGCUGCCUUUUUUCACCUCAGUCACUUUUAUGCAGAUUUUAUGUAAAUUGUAUAAUAAAUAUUUUCCUUCAAUUUGUUAAAA